ACUAGAAAUCAAGUCGAUCGAAACGUUCAAGCAUAACUUAUCAACAGAAAUCGACUCCAGAAUUUUUUAGAUUUUUUGUAUUUUUGGAAGACCGCUUAGCUCAAAAUUGAAUCCGGUUCAUCUCUUCAUGCUAAAAGAAACCACAAACUGACGAAGUAAAUUGAGGGAAGAGCUACCAGAUCGAAAUCGAAUCGAAUCGCUACCGAGGGGAAGAUGAACUACCAGGACAUUUACGGGUCCACCUACGAAUCGGAGAAUCCCGGUCGAGGUAGCAACUUGGAGUUUCGGUUUACUGGUCCGGAGUCCAUUCCGAAUGCGGUGAGGCGGUACAAUGCGAUGCGAGGCGCCGAGUUGGCGCAAAUGAAGCGGCUGCGGGACAAGUCCCAAGUGCCCAGCAUGCCGCGCUUCUGCAAAGUUCGCCAGCCCGGCCAGGAUGUAAACAGCAUGGUGACCUCCAGGGACUUGGACGUGGUCACCCAGCUGUCGCUCGAUUCGCAAACGGAGAUUGAGAACUUCUUGAACGGCGACGGCGACAACGACAAGGACGAGGAGGAUGUCCAGUUGCCUCGCCCGCCUUCUCCUCCGCUGGAAGUGCGCCUUUGUGGCGGCGCCGAGUCGCCGAAAAGAGUUAAGAAGAAAUCCAGGAGCAGAAAGAGGCAACCAGCAGCGACGGUUACCAGAAGGAGGCGCCAGCUGGAUCCCGUUCAGAGUGGCCAAACCCUGGAGCGGCUGGAGGAACUGCAUCGCGAAGUCUGCGCCGAGCUGCAGACAAUGGGUGGGCCACCCAAAACCAGUCCCAAUGCAACGCCACGAGCCACUGGCGGCCACCGAAAUCCAACGAAGGGGCGAAGGAACAGGAUGAGCUCGAGGAAAACCGAAGCCGAGGGCCAGAGUUCGAUGGCCGCCGAGGGUCGAGUGUCCUUCGAGGACUACCACACACCGCAGCCCAAGUGGGUGGACAUAAUGCCCUCGGCCAUGGUGUCCCAGGCGAUCCGGGUGAAUGUCUGCCACGCCCAGGACGCCACGCCCCUGGCCGCCUACCAGUUCAUGGAGCAGCACGGCAGCUUGGAGCCGGAGCCACUGACACCGUUCUUCCUGGAGGACAGCGACCUGGAGCACGAGUACGCCGACCGGCAGGGCUACCUGCGCUACGUGGAGCCACGGCCCUCGUGCUCCUCCAGCGAUGAGGAGACCCCGCAACGGCAGCUUCCGACGGGCGGAUCCGUCCAGCCGUGCUUCGUGGAGCUGGAGCAUCGGCCGCACAGGCUGAGUCUGCUCAGGAGUCUCUCGCCCAUGCGGUACACCUCGCAGCGGUCCGAGGAGACGCUGCGCAGCCUGGCGGAUCGGGAGGAUCGGGAGGUGGUGGUGCCGCCCUUGGAUCUGCGCAGGAUCACCAACCAGAAGAGGGGCACCCAGAAGUCUCAGGUGGCUCGCAACCAAAGGAGUGCUAAAAUCCGCAAAACUAAGGGAAAGGAGAACCCAACAAAUGCAAAUGGAAAUGCAAAUACUAAUUCUAGGCUGCGAAAACCAGUGAGAUCAGCUGCUGGGGGAGAGCUGCUGGGAGCUGUGCAGCAAAACCCCAAUUCCAAUCCCAAUACCAAUCCCAAUGCCAUUCUCAAUCCCCCAAAAGUGGCCACCACUCAGAACAAAGGCAACCGGAUGAGUUCCCCCGAAAGAGCGGGCAAGAAGAGGAAGCCCAAGCCACUGGUCGUUUACAGCAAGUCCCUGGAGGAUCUGAAGUUCGAGAAGCUGGGCAUCUACAACAAGAUCACGCUGACGCAGGAGAGGAUCAUCAGUGCGCUGGACAAGCUGCAGGCCAGCCUGCUGCAGCUCCAGGUGCCCAGCUGCAGUGCGCAGGAGCGCCAGAAGCGGCAGCGCAACGCCUUCGAGUUCUGCGUGCGCUUCUCGAGGAACUUCCUCUAUCCGCUGAAGGGGAUGAUCGACGACGUGCGGAUCACCUCGGUGGCCAGCUUCAACAGCGCCACCUCCAACGAGGCCUGCCAGCGGGUGGUGUGCGUGUACGGACUGAUGCAGCAGUCCAUCCAGACGUACCAGCGCCAGCUGCGCUACUUCCUGCUGGAGAAGGUGCCGCAGAAGCUGAGCGCCCUCGUCGAGAUGAUCUACACGAUGACCAACUGCUGCCUGGACAAGGGCAUGCUCGACCGCCACGAUCCGGUGGUGGAGUGCCUCCUGGAGCGGUGCACCCGCUUCCUCAGCUUCAUCGAGGACAUGCAGGAGGAGCGCUUCAAGCUCGCCCGCGAGGCUCUCCGUCGGAUGCACCGCACUCCCACUCACCCGGUGGCCGGCCACUCCGCCAAUCCGCACCACCGCAAGAAGAAGCCGUCGUCGCGGAUGCCCACCACCCAGCCGAGGCAGGAGAAGCUGCGCUCCCACCAGCGGUACGAUCUCAAGAUGUGCCUCAACGACCUGAAGCUCUACGAACCGCGUCUGGUGCCCAAGGAACGCCAGCCGGCGGACAAGCGGCUAAGGGUGCGCCGUCCCAGAAAUCAUCCCAGUCCGGGAGUGGCCGCCACUGGAACUGCGCCGGUGGAGCUGCCAUCCGAUCUGCAGGAACCACCGUCCAUUGCGGGCGACGACAUCCAAACGCAAAUGCAGUUGAGCGAGAACAACGAUGUCACCACCAUCUCCAGUUCGCAGAGCAUGAUGCCCACUCUGGGUUACUUUGGUGGUGCCAUGGGUGGCAUGGGUCCAAUGGGGGACUCCCUGCGCCAGUGGAAGCAGGGGGAGCUGCCACCCUACCCCCAGGAGGAGCAGCUGCAUCGCGCUCUGCUGGACGCCCUCCACUUGGUCUCCCGUUCGCAGGUGCAACAGGUUCUCGAUCCGCUGAUGAAGUCGCUGGGCGUCAUCCUGGGUGAGAAACUGGGUGGUGGUGGCACCCACCAUAACCACCAGAAUCACCAGAACCACUAGACCGAAUCCUCGACUUCAAAUUCUUUAUGCAUUAUCCUCCCCGAUCUUUACCAACUUCGCUUUAGCCGAUCAAGUGCGCUGGCACAAACCAAAUUGUUAAGUAACAAGUAAUCGUAGUAAUGCAAAUAAAAUGACAUUUUGGAAAAGGAA